AUGAAGAUUAAAAAAGGGUGGCUGGUUCGUUGGAAAAUUUUUUGUUGCGCGUUCAAACAAAAUUGGCUAAAAUCCUUGGGGUUUUUUGUAGUUUUUGAAUCUGCCUGGAAGGAAAUUGAGGGAAAUUGGUGGAGGAAAGGAGGGAAAAAAGAGAGGAAAGAAUUGGUGAGCCGCGACGAUUGCUGGGUUGAUCUACCUAAAUAAAUUUUCUUUUUUCAAUUCAAUUACUUGCUAAACUAGCCAAUCCUUUUCUCUCCUUCGCCUAAAAAUGACCGCGCAAAUAAAACAAAUAUUUACAAUGUCCAAGGACUGAGAAGGAAAAAAAAGAAAUCGGUCGGACCUCGUUAUGAGAUGCACCCUUGAAAAAUUGUCUCUUAUAAUGAGGUGUGUGUUAAAUAGAGGGUAUGACUUAGGCAGCUCCUAGACUUUUGGAAAACUGAAAGCGUUUCUUAAAUGGAGGUGUAUCCAAUAUUGGAAGUUUCUUAUAAUGAGAGUUUCUUAUAGUGGGGGUAUCUUAUAAUGAGGGUUGCGAUAUGAGUGUCUGUUAAAAAGAGGGUAUCGUUUAGCCAGCUUCCUGACUCAAUGGGCAACCAAAUUUUGAAG